AUGAAAAAAAUCUUCAAGUUUAAAGCACUCAUCCUCUUCAAAGACAUCAUCAUCAAUAACCGACAGCUGGAUAGUCUUCCUGAUUUCCCCAGGUUCAAACCUAAGAGUCCCCUUAACUUCAACAUAAUCAGCACCAGCCUCAGCGGAACCAUCUUCAGUAAAAUAAUCAACAGUGCAAGCUUGAUCAAGAUCUCCACCAACCCUGGUGACAGUAAUAUCAAAAGUCCCAACAUUUUCCAUCACAGUAUAAUGAGCAGGCUCAAAGAAGAUCCUCAUCUUAUUAAUAUCAUCAAUAUUAACACACUCGGCUUCCGCCCUCUGAAGUUCAGCCUUGACUUCACUGAGAUCACUCUGUGCCCGUUCGCUGAUCUUCCUGCUAAGGUUUCCAGCACCGACCAUCUUUCUGGUGGCCAGAACACGAUAAAACGCUCUGCUUUUGGGGCCUUUUCCCAGGACCUCUUCAUGAGCCAUCACCUCGAGCUGCUCCAAGGGCAGAGCGGGGUGUUUCUUCCUCAGUUCCCUCAAAGUGUUGAUGUAGUCCUUCCUGGUGCUCUCAAAUUCUCUGGCCUCCUGGCCGCAGCUGUCCCCAACUCUGUCCACGAAUAG